AUGGCCAAGGUCGACCCCAAAACCAACAUCUCUGUUCGCAAAAUCGAUCUCAGCGACUCUAUGUAUCACAGCGACGGAGUUCCAGGACAUGCACCCCAUGACAUGACCAGAGAAGACGACGCCAGCUUCCUCGAGCGUCUCACCAAAGCCUUCAACGAUAUCCCUCACCUUNGCUCCUACGUCGAGUUCAUUAACAAGCCACCUCGUAAUUACGCAUCGUUUGUUCGUCCCGAAACCUACGAAGAUGGCCAGAGAGUCGACAAGUUUGUCUUUGGACACCGUAGCGGCAUGUCUUACGCCUCGGUCACUUCCUUUGCCGAGAAUGUUCUCAUGAUCAUCAACAAUGAGCUCGACAAAUGCACCUGUGUCAACUGUCAGCAUGCACCUAUCCCAGAGCCUCGCUCUUGA